AUGGACCAUUCAGGCGACGGUGGUAUUCAUGGACAACUACUCCAAAACAACGGGUUUCAAGGAUCAACGCUUGGCCUGACCUCUUAUGCCCCAGUGGGAGACGCGCAAAUAUCCCAGGAUUUCCUAAGUCCCGUUAGCGCCGCAAUCAAGUCGUCGCUCAGUGUCUCGGUGCCGGAAGGUGUAUCAGACUAUGUCGGCUUUGCAAAUACUGGUUACAACGGAGUGCCAGUUAUGAAUGCGACAUACAAUACUUCAUUCUGGAUUAUGGGCGACUAUUUUGGCACCAUCAAUAUCCAGUUGAUUGGAUCGCAUAGUGGCAUAGUCUAUGCUGAUCACAAUCUGACGGUCCAGAGCAUGGCCUCUACAUUCAAACAAUUCAGCACCAGCUUUGAGUCGAAGGAAUCACCGGAUGGAGACAAUGAGUGGCAUUUGACUUUUGAUGGAUCAAAGAUUGCUGGAAGUUCAUUGAACUUUGGCUAUAUCCAAUUAUUUCCGCCUACCUAUCACAAUAGGGCGAAUGGGUUACGCAAUGAUCUGGCUACGGUUCUGGCGGAAGUCAACUCGACAUUUCUUCGUUUCCCAGGUGGAAAUAACAUCGAGGGGUUGCAGGUUGACAGUCGAUGGAAGUGGAACACAACGAUUGGGCCACUUGUCGAUCGGCCUGGCCGAGAUAGCGACUGGUUCUAUCCAAAUACCGACGCCCUCGGGCUGGACGAAUAUCUAUGGUGGUGCGAGGACAUGAAUAUGACCCCACUCCUCGCAGUCUGGGCUGGCAAGUCCUACGGAGAUAUUUUAUCAGGUUCCGAGCUGGAACCAUACGUUGAAGACAUUAUGAAUGAACUGGAAUACAUCCUUGGCAACUCGAGCACACCUAAUGGGAAGUUACGUGCGCAGAACGGACACAAAGACCCUUGGAAAGUCGACUACGUGGAAAUUGGAAACGAGGAUGAUCUGACGCAUGGAUGUGCUACCUACCCUGAUCGCUUCAACCAAAUCUACAAAGCGAUACACGACAAAUACCCCCACGUCACCCUCGUCGCAUCAAAUGGGGACUACAACUGCCUUCCAUCGCCUCUUCCCGAGGGUGUCAUUAUCGACUUACAUUUAUAUCGCCAGCCGGACGAUUUCGUUGCCUUAUUCAAUCAGUUCGACAACCAGCCACGAAAUCAGUCUGUCAUGAUCGGUGAAUACGGUUGUCGCAAUACGACGGACGCCAAAGGCACCUAUUGGUCGUUUAUGCAGGGAAGCUGCAGCGAGGCGGUUUACAUGAUUGGUAUGGAGCGAAAUAGCGAUAUUGUAAAGAUGGCAGCUUAUGCACCUAUGCUGGAGCACUUUGGGAUUAUUUCGUGGUCGCCAACGCUUUACGGUUUCGACUCGAGCCCUGGAUCGAUCACACCCUCAACUUCCUACUUUGUGCAGCAGAUGUUUGCAUCUAAUAAAGGGGACACGAUCCUGCCAGUAAAAACAUCGUCCGAAUUCGGGCCUUUGUACUGGGUGGCCUCCCGAACGGGAUCGCAGUACUUUGUCAAGUUAGCUAAUUACGGCCCUGACGAGCAGAAUGUAACCGUUAGCAUUCCUGACACUCAUGCGGGAAGGCUGGAGAUGCUUGCUGGGACACAGUUUCAAGGGAACCAACCUCAUAACAUCGCAGUCCAAACGGUGACAAGCACGGUUCAGGGCGACGGUGGAAAGUAUACGGUAACUAUGACACCAUGGGCGAUCGCCGUGUUGGUCGUUUCAUGA